GUGGAGCUGAACGAGAUAAUGAAGGACGAGAAGCAGGAGGCCUACUGGCAGGAGACAGGCCGAUGGCAGGGUUUAGAGGAGAGCUACGACCCACAGACUGGCGUGUGGGGGUCCUCGCACGUCUCCUACCUCACCUUCAAGAGCCUCAUCGAGCUCCGACGCACCAUGAACACAGGUGUGACGAUCUUUGACUGUGAGGAGCAGACACUGGCCAGCAUCGCUGAGAAGAUGGUCAGCGAGUUGGUUAACAAGAAGCAGAUCAAGCCCGGAGAUCAGGAAGGUGUGCUGAAAGCUCUGAUACAAAACCGCAGCCAAUCAGCUGAUCCGGAAAGCCAAGCCCUGACUGAUAGGAUGGACCUGCAGAGGUUCUCAGUCAAAGAAAGGAGGGAGGAAUCAGACCGCGUUGAGGCCUCCAUGGUGUUAGUAGGAGCCUUGGACUUCCUUGAAAAUCCUACAGUUGUGUUUGUGCGUCUGAAGGAAGCCGUGGUGCUGGACUCUGCCUUGGAGGCCCCAGUACCUGUACGCUUUGUCUUUGUUCUGAUUGGCCCCAGCAUAACUGAUAUGGACUACCACGAGACUGGCCGUGCAAUGGCAGCCUUAAUGGCUGAUAAAGUGUUCAAUCAGGCAGCAAUUAAGGCAAAAAGUGCUCGUGAGCUGACAGAUGCUGUCUCCGACUUCAUGGACUGCAGCAUUGUCAUCCCACCCACCGAGAUCCAGAGUGAGGCGAUGCUUGGCUCCAUCAUCAGCUUUCAGAAGAAGUUACUGCAGGACCGGCUUCAGUCCUCCGAUACCAAGCUCCGCCUAGACAGCAAACCUCGCAAAGUUUCCAUCUCUACUGGGCCUCCACCUGAAGACCCCCUGGCCCGAACAGGUCGGCCCUUUGGGGGGAUGAUUCGAGACGUAAAGAGACGUUUCCAGUACUACAAGAGCGACAUCACAGACGCUCUCGAUGCCCAGGUUCUUGCUGCUAUCAUCUUCAUCUACUUUGCUGCUCUUUCUCCUGCCAUCACCUUUGGAGGACUGCUUGCUGAUAAGGUGGAAAAUAUGAUGGGCGUUCCAGAGCUCCUCAUCUCCACCAGCAUCCAGGGGAUAAUCUUCUGCUUUGUUGCUGCUCAGCCUGUCCUUGUCAUUGGUUUCUCUGGUCCUCUGUUAGUGUUUGAGGAAGCUUUCUUUGCUUUCUGCAAGUCUCAGGACAUUGAGUACAUUGUUGGGCGAGUGUGGGUUGGAGUGUGGCUGGUCAUCAUUGUGGUGAUCAUUGUGGCCUGUGAGGGCAGCUUCAUGGUGCGCUUCAUCUCCCGCUUCACCCAGGAGAUCUUUUCCAUCCUCAUCUCCAUCAUCUUCAUUUAUGAAACCUUUGCCAAAUUGGGGCGGAUCUUCAAGGCCCAUCCACUGAUUCUGAACUACGACCACCUGAAUGCAACUAUAGAAAAUCCCUGGCAUUCAAGAGUGGAGCAGACAUCCAUCUAUGACAAUUCUACUGGCAACACAACUGUUUUCAUCAACACUAUUAAUCCUUCGUACCCCAACACUGCCCUGCUCUCCAUGUGCCUCAUGUUCGGCUGUUUCUUUAUUGCCUACUUUCUGCGGCAGUUCAAGAAUGGUACCUUUCUUCCUGGAAAGGUCAGGCGCCUGAUGGGUGACUUUGGAGUGCCCAUUGCCAUUUUCCUCAUGAUUGUCAUCGACUACAACAUUGACGACACCUACACUCAGAAACUAGUGGUUCCCAAAGGUCUGAUGGUGUCCAAUCCCGCCAAAAGAGGCUGGCUUAUUAACCCCUUUGGAGAGCACCAGGCAUUCCCUGUGUGGAUGAUGUUUGCAUGCUGUGUCCCAGCCCUACUCGUCUUCAUCCUCAUCUUCCUGGAGUCUCAGAUCACAACCCUAAUUGUGAGCAAACCUGAGAGGAAGAUGGUCAAGGGCUCUGGGUUCCACUAUGAUUUACUUGUGUUAGUGGGCAUGGGAGGACUUGGUGCAAUAUUUGGUGUGCCAUGGCUCAGUGCUGCCACAGUGCGUUCUGUCACUCAUGCCAACGCCCUUACUGUCAUGAGCAAAGGACCCAAACCUGUGAUUGAGAAGGUGUUGGAGCAGAGGAUCAGUGGCAUUGUGGUGGCAUUGUUGGUUGGUCUCUCUAUCCUGAUGGAGCCAAUUCUCAAGAUGAUUCCCAUGGCGGCCCUGUUUGGGAUUUUCCUCUACAUGGGAGUUACUUCACUGAAUGGCAUCCAGCUGUGGGACCGUAUACUGCUUCUGCUCGUUCCCAAGAAAUACCACCCCGAUGAGCCAUAUGCCACCAGAGUGAGCACAGGAAGAAUGCACUUGUUCACGGCCAUCCAGGUAUCGUGCCUUGCAGCUCUAUGGAUUGUGAAAUCUAGUCCGGUGUCCCUUGCACUUCCCUUCAUACUCAUCCUUACCAUCCCCCUUCGGAUGUUCAUGACUGGGCGCCUCUUCACUGAACUGGAAAUGAAAUGUUUGGAUGCUGAUGAUGCCAAGAUAACAUUCGAGGAGGAGCCGGGGCAGGAUGUAUAUUUUGAAUCUCAGAUGCCAUUGUAA